AGAAAUGCAAUGAAGGACGCGAGGGCGUGGGCCCCGCAGGCCCGUGGGCGCGGAGGGGCGCGCCUUGGGGCCGCGGCAGGCCCCACAAGCGCGUGUGAAUCAGCGUGGGCCCUGGCGAGGCGAGCGGGCCUUCAAGGCAGUCGAUCAUGAGGCCAAGCGCCGAGAGACGACGGACGGAGCGAUGCGCCCGGGACGAGGACGAGGAGCGAGUAGAGUACGUCGAGCACGAGUACGAUCGAGCUUUGAAUACGCUCGAUCAUGAGCCUCAAGAAAGCUUCGACGCCAAGACAAUACUGCUCAGCGCAGAAUUGGGCUACGGCGAUUUGGUACGUGUAGAGAGGCAGAUGCGCAGAGCGGGGGCAGUUCAUUCGAGUUGGGAAUCAGCGGACUCUCUGCCCGAGGUAAUCAGAUUGCGCGCAGCAGGCAGCAGGCAGCAGGCCAAGGCAGAGGCAGCGGCAGGGGCAGGCAGGGCGAGCGGUGGAGUUAAUGCAGGAAGGUGGAGCUCGGUUCUCCUUUUUAGAGUGUGCCUAUCUCUGCCACUAAAAACGAAGUCAGCACUGGCAGAGGUUCAGAUGACGGUUGAGAAAACAUUGCGACUUCUGCUACUUCCUCUUGUCUCAAGCCUUAACAAGAAGACAAUUUUGGAAAAUAUUACAAGCUAUCAAGCAGUUAGGCUUCAUCAUAGAUUACGCGGUUUCCAUGUUUGAACACGAUCGGAAUUUAAACUGAAAUGCCAAGCUAAAUGACUCGACAUGGUCCCAUCCGUGAAAGCGUAAUCAUGAACUUCCUUGGAGUUGCGUUGCAUGUCUUUAGCAGAUAUACCUGUUGGAGAUCCCAAAUAUUUCCUUCACGAAAUCGGGGCAUGAAACUCGUUGGCAAUGGGACCUCUUAGGUGGGACCUUAAUACACCAUCAGCUUUCAAAUCGGGGGACAAAAACAGCUAACCCUUGAUCUGUGAACCUACUCCAGAUCGAUGGGACAGCUAGAUCGGAGGGCACAACUACGACUACGUGUGUGCUUGUAACUUGCAAGCUUUUCCUCCCUUAAAAAAUACCAUUAUGGCCAUAACGGACUUAGCUUUUCCUCCUUCGAGAUAAUACAUCCAGGUUUUUUCUUCAUAAAUUGUAGUUUUCCGCCUUUCUCUUACGUAAAGGGCUUUGCAUCUUGCUUUUAUCCGCUUAUAUGCUUCCUCUUACUGUAAGAAUCCAAGAAAAAUUUUCGUAAUCCUGAUUGCUCCAGGUUUCAUUUAUGUAACCCAAAUAUCAUAAGCACAAGAAGUUUCUGAUGUAGCUCAAUGCCUGAGGCAUGUGUGGGAAGCUGAAGAGAACAUUAUGUGCUAUCUGUUCAAAAGUCUACACUGCUUCGAAUUACUUAGUGACCUAUCCUGUCCAUGAAGUCAAAAUAUGA